AUGCCGGCGCUGUUAGAGGACCCAGAAUCCCCUGUAAUCUAUCGGGCCUCUGGACAGGAUCCGUACCCGACGUCAGACAAUCCGCAAAUACCUUCGUCAAUAUUCCCCAGGCCCGUCACGCUUCGAGAUCGUGUUACUGUUGCAACGUUGAUACCAUUCUUCUCACCCAAGGCCGUUCCAAAGAGGCUAUUGGCAUAUCUCUCAGAGCAGCUCAAUAAGGAAAUUCAGGGUGGGGACACGUAUCCCAUGAUCGAUCCGCUACCUCUGGACACCUUUGGGUCCUACUGGUUUGGUAAUUUCGGUGCUGUCAUGGUCAUCGGCGACAUUGGGGGCAUUGAGGCCGUAACCGACAUGGAUCGGGAGGGCGUUGACUGGAACAAAAAGUGCCUGGGCAGUUUUUAUAUCAAGCCCAACUAUCCUGGUCGAAGCAGCCAUGUCUGCAAUGGUGGGUUUCUCGUCACUCCUGCGGCUCGUAAUAAGGGCGUCGGAAAGUCGAUGGGACAAUGCUAUCUGGAUUGGGCACCUCAGCUGGGGUACACCUAUUCGGUUUUCAACUUGGUGUACGAAUCAAACACUGCUUCAACCAAGAUAUGGGACUCGCUUGGCUUUAAGAGGAUUGGAAGAGUCCCCGGUUGCGGCAAUCUCAAAUCCUCGGAGGAACCUGUUGAUGCGAUCAUCUAUGGCAAGGAUCUGAAGGGAGAAGGCGAGAAUGACCUCUCUGAAGAACGCUUCGACAAGAUAAGGUACUACUUGAGACAUCAGCUCUAUCCGCAAGGUGCCGAUAGAUCGGAGAAGAGUCGACUAAGGAGUGCUGCUACUCACUAUAAACUGGUCGCGGAUGGAGACGGAGGUCCGGAGAGGUUGUUCUUGAAGGACAAAGAGGUCAUCUCUGAUCCUCAAGCACAGUACGACAUCGCCAAAAGCAUCCAUCUCCAGGCUCAUGCAGGAAUCAACAAGACUACCGCCAUCAUAGCUACCCAGUAUCAUUGGAUUCGGAUCAAAGAAACUGUGAGCCAUGUCAUCAAGAAUUGUCCAGAAUGCAAAGAUGUCAAUAAACCCCCCAUAAUACGCGCGGAGAAUCGACCUGGCCGGAGCAAGACGAUUGAUGAGGCUCCCUCAGGUCUAUCGCCACCACAGACAGGAGCAGUAACAACAGCACCAGUAACAACGGCGCCUCCGUCACAAAUACCGCUGCCACAGUCGGUACAACCGGAAGACGAGGUGCAAAACGUGCCACCGCAGGAUCCGGAGAUUGCGACGAAUCACAUAUCCAAUCACAUAUCUGAUCACGACUUCGCAUCGAUACAGCAGCCAAUGGAUCUGUCUAAUGACCACGAUCAUCUUGUUAACGAUCCGGAUGGUCAUCUCCAUGCAUACGACGAGAUGGCCAUCGACCCGCAGAUCAUGGAACAAAUACAAGCUCAACUUGAUGCCGACUACGAUCCCAACAACCAUACAUAUGUGCCUCCAGGAAUACCCGCUUUCACGGAUCCUUCCCAUUUGCAGUCUCCCCACGAUCCGCGCGAGUUCAAUCACCCAACCUCUGAUCAUCAUUUCAUUCGGGAUCCCAAUCAACCAAUCUUAGGACACGACCAUGUCAUGGGCGAGGGCGGUACAGGCACAGGGUUGGAUAGUAUGCAACCUAUGCAACACGUAUUGCAGAUGGACUAUGUCGACCCGCAAAAUGAGGCACAAUUCAAGCUUGAGGACCAAUUCAAACUCAAGCGGUAA